AUUUAGCAGUGAUUUGCUUUGUCAUCUUCUGGAAAAAAUUAGAUGUGAUCUUUCUUUAAUGGUUUAACUACGUAUAAACAUGUUUCAACAGCUAUGGUGAUUUGAUAUUUCUAGCUAGCCAGGCCAUCCAACUGCAAGAACAAGAAGAAAUGGAAGGGCAGGAGCAUCAAAGUAAGUCAAGAGUUGUCAAGGUGGAUUCGCUGGAGUCCUGGAAUUUUCAUGUUAAUCAGGCAACAACUCGAGGCAAUCCUAUUGUGGCACACUUUUCAGCUUCUUGGUGUAUGCCAUCAGUGGCAAUGAAUCCGUUCUUUGAGGAAUUGGCUUCAGAUUUUCAAGAUGUUUCCUUUUUGUCCGUUGAUGUGGAUGAAGUCAAGGAGGUUGCAACCAAGUAUGAAGUAAAAGCCAUGCCAACAUUUCUCCUGAUCAAGGAAGGAGCUUCCGUUGACAAACUGGUGGGUGCCAAUCCUGAUGAAAUUCGGAAGAGGAUAGAGAGUCUCGUUCAGUCGACUCCUGCUCCAUUGGCAUAAAGGAAAUGUGCUUUUCUUUGUUUUCAGAUUCUCGUUUGUUUGCAACUGUAUGUUCUGCUGCUAUUUCAGUUCCCAUUGUAUAUAACUGUUUUGAGUAAUGCUUGUGAAUCAGAAUAUAUAACUGGCCUGCAAUGUGUUGUCUAUUGAUGAUAAACCUGGAGUUGAAUUUGUAGUUUACAGAUUAUAUAUAUCACUCUUUUGAUUUUGAA